AUGCGCUGGGCUGAGUUGAGCGAUGAUGCACAGGUUACCGUCGAUGUUGGCUUCGGCGGCGCUUUCUACGUCAUCGUCUCCGCUUCAGCAUUGGGGUUUCCUGCUUCACUUACGAAACCCGACAUUUCAGGGCUCAGUAACGCCGCGAAGGUGUUGAAAGAGACGUUUAAUGCCUCGCCCGAUCUUCGAGGCCGUCUACACAACCCAGACGACGAAAGCCCGCAAUACUUGUAUGGCGUCAUGAUCACAGACACAGGUAGCAAUGACAAAGUUCCCACGACACCGGGCUGUGUAGGCGCAGAGACAGGCCUGUACUUCUUUGGCGACCAGCAGAUUGAUCGGAGUCCAACAGGCUCUGUUGUGCAGGCGAGAGUGGCUUUGGCCAUGGCGAAAGGCCAGAGGAAACUGGGCGAGCCAAGGGCAUAUCAUAGCCUGGUCUCAAGAGCUGUUGAGGGGUACAAGAAUGCCUUUGUUGGUACGGCAGUAGAAGAGGUUGAGGUUGGCGGAGACAAAGCUUGGAGGAUCGAGGCCUUCUACAUUGGAUCAAGUGCGUUCGUGGCAGAAGCAGAGGACGAUAUCGGCAAGGGGUUCUCAUUCCAGUCGCUGGGCAUUUGA